CACCGCCGUUGGACAAGAACGGCAAGAUGGCGGUGUUGCGCACGAGUGUGUGGGGAUGCGCUGCUGGUGGGAAUCGAUUGCCCAGAUGAGCCGGGUUCUGCAGACUGCAAGACUCCAUAGGCCAUGGCCAAGAAUGGGCCCUCAACGCCAAUGCAAUGCAAUGCAACUCAAAAUGGCGAUAUUGGUGGGCUGAUUGAUGAGAUGGCGGCUCCCAGCCAAUGGCGAGGCCGGCGCCCGUUCAUUUAUUGGGGGGUUUGGCAGAGGAAAGGAAAAAAAAAAAGGCCUGGACGCAAGGGGGACGAUGCAGCAGAGGUUGGAGCGCCCGAUUGGGAUCCGCCCCCUACAGGGCUCUCUCCACUCGCCCUCGAGAACGGGAACUGCAGCGAUAACUCUAGGUCGUGUCUUGCAUGGAUGGUGAUGAAACAGGAAUAGAACGAAGCACGGGAGGGCGGCGCCGCAGCUGAGACAUGAAUGGGCCUUGUUGUGCAACCCUCGAGUGUUGAUCCUGCUUCUUAAUGCUCCGUGGACUUUUCCUGAUCGUCCCCCAGGAACCAGCCAAUUAUUCGAGUGGCUUCCCCCAGGGCAGGCCCGGGGGAAGAAGAGGGACCAAGAAGCACCGUCACGAAUGGUUACUAGGAAACGGUGCACCUGGAGAGUGUUCCUGCAGCAGGCUGACAACUGUCCUCCUGACCCCCUAAGAGUGCCUGCUGGACAUAUUUCGAUGACCGCCUACGCCAAUCGUGUCCAUUUCGUACGAGAUGAUCGUCUUCACCUACUUAUCCUAGAGCUGUGCACACUGGCCUUGUUGUGAUGCCGGAAGGCUAAAUGACGCUAAGGUGGCUUGCGAGGGCGUGAAGCAACACCGCCGGAUUGAAGAUAGCAAUGAGACCUCUAGGCUGGACUGGGAGCAUAGCACCGUU